GGUUGGUGCCCCUGCCCCCAGCCCAGGCAGGUAUAAGACCAACUCACCUAGGAACCAAAGGAACCUAGAUGGAAAAGAGAGAGGCCACCAUGUCCUCUUGGAGCCCAGAGCGAAACCAGAGCCCAGGGGGCUUGGAACCCUGUCUUUCUAGAACCCUGCUCCUGCUGCUAAUAAUUGUGGCCCCCUCAGCCCAGGGGGUCACCCCAAAUCCUGAAGCCUGCCAAGUGUUCCAAUUAGAAAAUGGCAGCUCUGUCAACUGCCAACCACCUGCAAAAUUUUUGAGUUACCUCCGAGCUGACACCGUCUACCUGGCUGUGGAGUUCUACAACCUCACCCAGCUGCCACCCGACAUGCUCCGGGACAUGUCUAACCUCCAGGAACUGCACCUUUCCAACAAUGGGCUGAAGAACCUCUCAGCCAAGUUUCUGUUGCCUGUGCCUCAGCUGAAAGUGCUCGAUCUCACCCGCAAUGCCCUGACCCAGCUGUCCCCGGGCCUCUUCCAGAAUUCAGCUGCCCUCCACACCGUGGUGCUGACAGAAAACCAGCUGGAAGUCCUGGAAGCCUCAUGGCUGUAUGGCCUGAAAGCCCUGGGGCAUCUGGAUCUAUCUGGAAACCGCCUCCGGACACUUCCCCCCAGGCUGCUGGCCAACUUCACCGACCUGCGCAUCCUUAACCUUGGCCAUAACCAACUGGAAACUUUGCCCUCUGACCUUCUGAGGGGCCCCCUGAAGUUGGAACGGCUGCACCUGGAAGGCAACAGAUUGCGAACACUCGAAGAAGGCCUUCUGGUGCCCCAGCCAAACCUGCACCACCUUUUCCUGAGUAAUAACCAGCUGGCCAUGGUGGCGGCCAGCACCUUCCGAGGUCUGAAGCAGCUGGACAUGUUGGACCUCUCCAACAAUUUACUGACCAGUGUGCCCAGGGGGCUCUGGACAUCCCUGGGGAAGCCUGGAGCAGCCCGGGACAUGAAGGAUGGCUUUGACAUCUCCGGUAACCCCUGGAUCUGCGACCAGAACUUGGACGACCUCUAUCAGUGGCUUGUGGACAAUAAAGACAAGAUGUUCUUCCGGAAUCACACAUGUUGUGCUGAGCCUAAAGCCAUGAAGGGCAAGACGCUAUUGGCUGCAGCCAUAUCCCAUUUGAAGCCUGAGGCUGGGGUGGAAAUGGGUAGGGAUGGCGUGGCAGAACACUGCACCCCACUAAGCAAUUAAUCCCCUCCUUUUAAGGGUGAGGCAGGAUUUCCAUAAUUGCUAGACCCAUUUUGCCGGUGCUUCCCAAAACACUUCUUAGGCUCUGCAGCCUCCUUGCCUUUGCUCAAGCUGCACCCUCUUCUAGGAACACCCGCUCCCUUUUCCAGAUCUCUUGGUCUCCCAGUUCCCUUGGCUCCCUUGCCCUCCCGCUGGCUCAGCCCUGGCCACACCGGGGCUGUCUCUAUCUGGCCCUGGCUCUCUCCCAGUUUGGGGGGCUCUCUGAGUGAGCCUGGGGCUCAGUUGCCUCUUACUCAUCACUUAGUCAGAGGUC